GUUAUGAGUCAGUUGAAAUAAUUGGAUGAAAUAUUUAAAAAAGAGAUCCAUCCUUUCAACUUCAAGUUGACUGUCUGAUUCAUCAGUCUUCACCACGUGUCCGGUUAGAUUAUUUUAUCCCAUUUUUCAAGAGGAUAGAGGAGUACACGAUAUUUUAAAGAAACGCAUGCGCUUGAUAAAAGGCUGUAAAAGCGCUAGUCGUCCUCGCGACAUUCUGGUCGUGCUUCGACGCGACGAAAACACGCCAAGGCGGCUGCUCCGGGUGUGGUUUUAAUUCUUCCAUAUCUGUUACUAGCCAAGAAGACGUGGAGCAGUGAAGACACAAUCUCAAUGUUAAUGUUGAUUUUAUGAGUAAUCUACAAAAUGAAAUUAAAAGGGUUAUAUGAAACAGACACAACGAUGUGUAGAAACUACAAAUUCAUGGGAAAAUUCAUCUGAAUAAUGGUGAUGAAACUGAGAAUCAGAUAACAUGUAAGAGAAAAAAAUAAUUAUAAAUAAAAAAUAAAAAAUUCAAUGCCAUGCAGAAUCGUUUAGAUGCAAAGCUUAUUUUACUCUAUACUCUUUUGGUUCUGCAAGUAUUUAUUGUAAUGAUCUAUGUUGUCUCAACGCCACCGGCUGAAUAUGAAACAUCAACUACAAAAAAUCCGGUUAGUUUCGUUAACAUGGAAACAUCAAAAGUUCAUUCUCAUGUUGAAGUAAAUAUUCAACCUACUUACAAAACAAUUAUAGAAGAAUUUAGAUUAAAAGAUUUUAAAACACUGGAUUUUUUUGUUCCUCAAAAUAAUACACUUUGUUGGAAAGAAGGAAUGGACAUGAAAAGUAAAGAAGCUUUUUCAGAUUCUGAUAAAUGCAUCUGUAAGCAAGGAUGGCAUGGAUCAGAUUGCGGUCAACCGGAAGUAGUUUGGCGAGCAAUAAUGGCAUCUAAACAAAAUAUUAAAUUGAAACGACGCAGGGCAACUCGAAGACUUAUUUAUAUGUUCUCAGUACACGACUAUAAUUCAGCAAUAGCUGAAGUGAUAGUGGAGGAACUUUACCACGUGGUAGAUCUUUUUGUAAUAUGUGAUUUUAGCAACAGUGAAGAUAAUUUUAAACAUAAAUUAAGCAAAGGAUUAUUAAAAUCACAGCAGAAUAAAAUUCUAUACAUUAAUGCAGCUUUAAAAAUAAAAAAACCUAAAAGAGUAAUAUCGAAAUAUAUUUGGGAUAAAAUAGGUGAAACUGUUAAGAAUAUCAAAGAGGAUGAUAUAUAUGUAACAACUAAAAGUGAACAGAUUUUAAAUUGGCGAGCUCUUAUGUUUCUUAAAGUUUAUGAUGGAUGGCCACAACCAAUUGGAUUUCGACUAAGGUGGUCAGUUUUUGGAUUUUUUUGGCAACACCCUUCAAAAACAGCAAUUAAUAUUGGUGCAUGUACAGUAGGAUUGAUUUAUAAUGCAUUUCGUACAAACUCUCAAAUAUUACAACAAGAAUUGGAUGGAGAAUCAAGUGAAAGAGAAAAUUUAGGCUUAGUUAUUGGUGAUUUGAAUCAUUACGGAGGAUGGUAUUGUCAUUACUGUCAAUCUCCUGCGCAUGUUUUACAUUUAUUACAGCAGGAGAAAAAGACUGAAGUGCCCGGAAAAAAUAAAAUUAUAGAUGUUUUGUUCAUAGAAGAUCUUAUUGGAUCUGGAGUAUGGAUAGAUGGCAAAACAAGUCUUCAAAGAGCUUAUAAAUCACGGGAUACAUAUUUUGCACCAGAAACCGUAUUUGCUAAUGCAUUUAAGUAUGAUUGGUUGGCAGAAAAUUUUUAUGCCAAACUUGAUUACUAUUAAAACAUUAGCGAUACCUUAAGAUCUGUGAUAUUAAUCUUCAUACUCAAAUUUUUCAUGUAAAUUGAUUCUUAUAUAUCAAAUUUAUAUAACAGAAUUCAUAUGUUUAUUACGAAGUAUCAAUGUUGAAUAAUUUAUACAUAUUUAGAUUAUAAAAGAAA